UGGGUAGAAGUUGUUUCGUCAGAUUGGACAUUGGACAUGGUAUCCAUUGGCGCGGUGGAUACCUUUACGCGCGGCGGCAGCUGUGUAAAUGGCUUGAGAAGAGCUUGAUGCGAGCGGAAAGAGGGCGGUCAAAGUGUGACGGUAAACAGUGUGACUUGCUCUGGCCGCGGUUUCACUCUCAACCCUGCGCACACUGCGUCUCGCACUUGUAAUUGAUUGUCAGUCCAGGGCACGGGACACGCAUGCUUGAAAAGAACUCCGCGCACUUGAUGCCCGCUUUGGUGAUGCCAUGCCCCGGAACCACAGCGGAGACGAAGGCGGCGGCACCGGGCUCUGGAUGAGGACGUCGCCGGGCCACCGUAACGAAGGCUACGGCUUGAAAGAUGUGGAGUCCGGACGAAGGAUGAUGAACAACGCGGGAGACGGUUUGCUGUCAGCGUCCGCCGCGGCAGGUGCUGCCGGGUCCGAGAGCCUGAGGGUGAAGCAGGGAGCCCGGCUCAGCCUGCUCGGGAAGCCGCUCAUAUACAGCGCGCAGAGCGGCCGGAGAAACGUGCGCUACCGGCGGCUCCAAAACUACCUGUACAACGUGCUGGAGAGACCGAGGACCUGGGCGUUCAUCUACCAUGCGUUUGUGUUCAUCUUGGUCUUCAGCUGCCUGGUCCUCUCUGUGUUCUCAACCAUCCCCGCUCAUCAGGACUUCUCCUCCUACUGUCUUCUCAUCCUGGAGUUUGUGAUGAUUGUGGUGUUUGGAUUGGAGUACAUCGUCCGUAUCUGGUCGGCAGGAUGCUGCUGUCGCUACAGAGGGUGGCAGGGACGACUCCGCUUUGCCAGGAAGCCUUUCUGCGUCAUAGACAUCAUAGUGCUGAUAGCGUCAGUGGCGGUGGUGUCGGCCGGUAGCCAGGGCAACAUCUUUGCCACCUCGGUCCUGCGGAGCCUGCGUUUCCUGCAGAUCCUACGCAUGGUGCGGAUGGACCGAAGAGGAGGCACCUGGAAGCUUCUGGGCUCUGUGGUCUACGCACACAGCAAGGAGCUGGUAACCGCCUGGUACAUCGGCUUCUUGGUUCUCAUCUUCUCUUCAUUCCUCGUCUACCUUGUGGAGAACAAGUUCAACAAGGAGUUUGCUACCUAUGCUGAUGCUUUGUGGUGGGGAACGAUCACCCUGACAACCAUUGGCUAUGGGGACAAGACACCAAAGACGUGGACAGGACGCAUGCUGUCUGCAGGGUUUGCCCUCCUGGGCAUCUCGUUCUUUGCAUUGCCAGCAGGUAUUCUGGGCUCAGGCUUUGCCCUGAAGGUCCAGGAGCAGCACAGACAGAAGCACUUUGAGAAAAGGAGAAACCCGGCCGCAUACCUCAUCCAGUGUGUUUGGCGUAGUUAUGCGGCUGAUGAGAACUCGGUUUCCAUUGCUACCUGGAAGCCUCACUUGAAGGCGUUGCAUACCUGCAGCCCUACAAAGAAGGAGCAGGGAGAGUCGACCACAAGUAAAAUUCAUAGUAAUAAACAGAAGCUACUGAGGAGGCGUACCACUCGGAAACAUAGUCAGAAAUUGAGCUUCAAGGAGCGGGUGAGAUUGGCGAGUCCCCGAGGUCAGAGCAUCAAGAACAGGCAGACGUCGUCAAUGAACGAUCGGCGGUCUCCGGUGGCUGAGGCCGGGACAGAGGGCACCAGCCCUGCCAAGGUACAAAAGAGCUGGAGCUUCAACGACCGCACGCGCUUCAGACCCUCACUCCGCCUUAAGAGCCAGUCGCGCUCCACCACUGACGCAGCAGACUCCAACAUGGCAGCGGAGGAUGGCUUUGACGACAAGGGCUGUCACUGCGAGAUCUCGGUGGAGGACUUGCUGCCCUCAGUCAAGUCUGUCAUUAGAGCUGUCAGGAUAAUGAAGUUCCAUGUUGCCAAGAAGAAGUUUAAGGAGACGCUGCGUCCUUAUGAUGUCAAAGAUGUGAUUGAACAGUACUCUGCCGGUCACUUGGACAUGCUGUGUCGCAUCAAGAGUCUGCAGACCAGGUUGGACAUGAUAGUAGGCCCACAGACCCUGAGCAGCCGAGCCAAGACCUUUUCCUCCCCCUCACUGCCUGUCUAUUACAGCCAGGGCAGAAAGAACUCCACCCAGGGAGUGGACCAGAUCCUCGGUAAAGGCCAGAUCCCUCUGGAUAAGAAAAUUCGAGAGAAGCUGCUGUCUGAUGGAGAUAUUUUAGAGGACAUGAGCAUGCUGGGUCGCGUCUGUAAGGUGGAGCGACAGGUCCAGUCGAUUGAGUCAAAGCUCGACUCCCUGCUCGACAUUUAUCGUCAGGUUUUGCGCAAAGGCUCGUCUUCAGCCCUCACACUCUCCUCUCUGCCCCUGUUCGAGCUGGAGCAGACCUCAGACUACCACUCCUCUGUCUUCAGCAAGGACCUGUCCUGCUCCACCCAGGUCAGCAGCGGAGCGCCUCCCCCUGGCGGUUGCGCCACACGCUCCUCCACCAACUCCCACCUCUCCCAGGGAGGACUCCACCUCAUCCUGGCGCCACCCAACGAGCUCAACCUCAAUCUCAAUGCCUCAUCUUCCACACCUCCCUCCGGCCUUGCAUCCUCCUCUUUCAGCCCGUCGCCGCUGCCUCAUCACCAUCAUCACCACCACCACCACCAUCAUCACCGCCACCAACAUUCCUCCUCACUGGAUCCUCCUGCUCCUCCUCCUCCUCCUCCAGCUCCCUCCAGCCAGUCCAGACCUGAAGACGAGCCCCAGACCGUCCCUCAGCUCACUUCCCAGCAGGCUCCCCACCGACCCCAGUCUCUUCCUGAACCUCGAUCUCCUCCUCAGCCCCGCCACCAACCCCAACCCCGGUCCCAGCAGCAUCCCCAGUCUCCCAGUCAGUCCCAACCCCAUCCCCGGUCCCAGCAGCAUUCCCAGUCUUCCAGUCAGUCCCAACCCCAACCCCGGUCCCAGCAGCAUUCCCAGUCUCCCAGUCAGUCCCAACCCCAUCCCCGGUCCCAGCAGCAUCCCCAGUCUCCCAGCCAGUCCCAACCCCGGUACCCUGCACCCCAACCCUCCCCUACCAGGCACGUCUCACCCCCGCCCCGGCCCCUUCAACAACCCCCACCCCAAACCCACAGUCAGUCCCAGCCCUCCUCCCAAAAAACCCAGUCACAGCCAGCCCAGCACCGGACCCAGCUUCAGACUCAGUCCACAUCCAUCCUGCACAUUCAUCCACACCCACAUCCGCAAACCCAGUCCCCCACAGCACACCAACCUCAAUCCCAGACCAGACACCUGUCUCAACCCCAAACCCACCUCAAACAACAAUCUCAGACCCGGCAGUCACUGCAGCCUCAACUCCAACCCCAAACCAGGACCCCAACCCAACUUCAGCCUCAAUCCCAGUCCAGAAUCACGGCCCAACCUCAGCCUCAACUGCAGCCCAGAACCCCAGCUCAAAUGCAGCCUCAAACCCAGUCCAGAACCCCUUCCCAAAUUCAAACUCAGUCCAGGACCUCAGCCCAAACGCAGCCACAACCCCAGUCAAGAACCCCGGCCCAGCCUCAGCCUCACCUACAACCCAGACAUCAAGCGCAGCCCCAACAGCAGACGAGGCACACAUCGCAACACCAGUCUCAAUACAGACCACAACCCAGACAAUCUCUCUCCCAACCUAGGCCACCCCAGCCCCAGUCCCAAGCACAACCCCACUUUCAGCGAAUUCAAACACAGCUGCGCACCCAAUCCCAGCCCCACCCUCAGCCCGCCAGGCCCCACCUGCAGCACCUUUCAUCCCACCGACCACCUCCCAGUCUGUCUAGGACCAACCUGGUCCCUGCUCAGCAGAACCAGAGCGAACAGCCCCAAGACCUUAGCACCACGCGGCCUGGCCGGGGGAGCCUGCUGCUGAGCCGAGAGGUCGGCGUGGAGGGUGUCAGGGCGGAGGGGAGGGCGGAGCCAAUCACAGAGUCAGGAGGGUCAAACAGCACCUCGAGGCCUCCUGGAUCUCCAGGAGUAGCCGGGUCCGGGGUCGGCCUGGUCCCCGGGGCAGACGGUAGGGCUAGGCUCCGGGCAGAGCCAGAGGCAGCAGGUGAGGGUAGGGAACUCAGAGACAUCGUCCCCCAGUCCGCCGUCCCCUGCCCCAGCCGAGAGGAGACUGUAGAGUCACGGACUGUCGUCAGUGAACGAGUCAGCUGAUUGGUCGGGCUGACGAACAGCUGAUUGGUCGGUAGACUGACGGACUGAGUCAGCACCAAGUGGAGGAGGACUGAGACUGGGCUGUGAAGAAUAGCGUCACACAGAGCUGGCUCCGUCUGGAGACUCUGUAAAGUUCUGGAUUUGAGAACCAACUGGGCGCUGAUGGACAGCUGGAGGACGGAUAGAGUCUUUUUCUAGGAAAAACAAACAAAAAGGAAAAACCGAUAAACAAGUGUGUGUGUAUAUAUAAUCAAAAGGCAGCUGUUGUGUCCCGCUAGUCUCCGUGGGGAGGGGGGGAGUAGUUUGGAACUAAACGCUUAACAACACAUUACUCUGAACGAAACGUUGCUUCCGGAAUAUAACCUCUUUUUUUUUAUUUGGUAUUUUGAUAGUUUGUUUUUGUCUCCGUUAUACAGCUUUAAACUCUGAUAUUAUUGACUGACAGUCCCUUACUCAUCGUUGUGCUGCUGACUUACAGUCUCUUAUUUAAAGUCCUGCUCUCUCUAAAACUCCUCGUUGACUGACAGUCCCUUACUGAAACUAGCCCUCGACUGAAAGCACUCAGAGGUGAUGUGGCGGUUUGCACCUUUAACUGGUUUCUUAGAAAUCUCACCGUUUUAUUUCCUCCCCAUUUAUCUUUAAAGCAACAUUAUGUAAAAGUUGGUAUUUGUUACUUUGCUAACAGCCAAACAUCAACAAGGUGAAUAAUUCAAACUAACAUUACUGACUAGUCCAACAGCAAGAUGACCAGCUCGCCAUCUGUCUGCAGACCAAGCUCUCUUUAUCCAACUACUAACAGACAGAACCACAUUUACUCUCUCCUUUUCUCUUCUGAGCUUCCUGAGCCUCUGACAUUAGCUCUGUUCAUAGAAGCUGCUGAGCCUGGUUACAUUGCCCGCUCAUUCUGCUCUGGUUCGGCACUACACCGGCUCCGCUCUCUGUCAGCAUUCCCUGAAAACUUCCUCCUCCAGGUGGUCCAAAGCUCCUGUGCUACCAGUGUGAACACCAACAAUCCCCCAGUGCUUCAAGCAGCAGUAUGGCUAAGCUAACAGCAGCUACAUUUAGCAGCAGUGAAGGUCUUUGCACAUCAAGUCAAAAUUUUUCGUAUUUGAUUUUUAAAUCCGUCAUCCGAUUAAAAUCAUCAUCAUAGAAACCUUGCAUACUGAAAUUCACAAUAUGAGAUGGAGUAGUCACUUAGGGCGUUUUCACACCUAAAAGUCCGGACCAA